UGAAUAACCCGCCCGGACUGUUUUAUUGACGCAAGCGUACUGAGGCCCAACAAAGGGCCGAAUUAAGGACGGUUUUCAAGUGAAUCUGAUGUAUUUACGUCUUAAAAAUGGUGAAAUCUGUGAAGUGGCGUUUGGAAGUUAGAGUGUUUGCAAUCUCAAAUCAUGACCGAGGCCUCUGAAAAUGACUAUCUGGUGCGCGUCCGAGCGCAGGUCAUGUGUCGAGACGAAGGCACGGGGGGAUGGAUGGCUUUGGGUGGUGGCGGCCUCGCUGAUGUUAUGGUGUGCCGACGCGGACCAGGUAGUGGAGAUAUCAACGGUGACCCAACUCAGACGCAGACAAGCACAAGCGUAUCUCAUACCGAGUACUACAUACAUGGAAGGCGUAUCAGCGAUAAUACUCUCGUCCUCGAUUGCACGGUCAAAGAUGACUUCCAGUACCACAAAGUCAUGCCGACCUUCCACCACUGGGUCUCGGACGAGAAGAAAUUCGGAUUGACAUUCCAAACCGCGGCAGACGCGAGGGCCUUCGACAAGGGCGUCCGAAUUGCUGUCAACGACUUGUACCGUCUAGGUGCCUGGCCGACGAUGUAUGGUUACGAAGAGAAGAACACUGAGGCGAAACCGAAGGAGGAUGAUGAAGAAAACAUCUUCGAACCCAUCUACUUCGAGGUGCUGCCGGUGCCGGACUCGCGCUCCAGCUCGGAGAAGUCGAGCGCCAGCCGCCGCCAGGAGCUGUCGCAGACGCCCAUCCUGUCCGCCAUCACGCUGCCGCACCACGCGCACCACCCGCUCAGCGAAUCCCUGAACCUGCCGUAUGACGACAAAUUAGACGAUUCUGAUACAGACCGCUGUCCCUAUGUCCAUCUGUCAGCUGUCCACGAGUAUACGUAUCCGCAAGUGGGGCCGGGCGGCGUGAUCAGCUCGGAGAAGUCUUCGCCCAACACCAAGCCGCCGCUGUUGAAGCGUGACUCCGGAUCGUUAAAGAAAUGCGGCUACAGUGGCGCCCCGCCGUUACCAAAGAAGCACACGGAGACUUUCCAAGCGAGAGUGAAGUGCAGAUACUGUCAAGAGUGGUAUUUGGAAAGUGCAAAUAGGAGAGGCGCUUGUAAGUUUGCACCGGACUGCUUUCGAUCUUGUAUCGACUGUGUUUCAUGCAUUAAAUGCGCUCAGUGUAUGCUGUAUCACUGUAUGUCCGACUCUGAAGGGGAUUUCGCUAUGCAUCCUUGCACCUGUGGCCCUCCCACUGAUAGUUGUGCUAAACGUUGGGUCGGUAUAACACUUCUGAGCCUGCUAGUUCCCUGUCUCUGGUGCUACAUGCCUCUGAAGUGCAUUCACCGGACAGCAAAAGCGUUCAAUCUCACUGGAGGUGUCCACUCUCCACAGCCCAAAUAGGAUUCACCGUCACAUAUCGAUGAAACGAAUAUGUGACUAAAUUAAAAGUAUCAUCCGAGCAAAAACUGCUGAAGUAUUAAGUGCUUGUGACAUAAGUGACUCAGUGAUAACACCAAUGAAGGAGUAAGGAUUGUUAACGUGGAGUGAGCAAUUGAAGAAAUAAGCAGAUAAAUGGAAAUCCAACUGCAAUUAAUUGUCGUUAUUUAUAAAAUGAUUUCAGGAAUUCCAAUUUGUGGAAUAUGUGUAUGAAUAUUAAAUGUAAAAGAGGUGUUUUAAAAUUUUCCAUAUUAUAAGAGUUUUUCAUAUUAUCUUAUUGAAUUCAGUAUUUAUACCGAGUUGUAAUGUAAGAAUGACAUUUUGAAAAUGUUAAUUUGCUUAAAAAAGUAUUAUGUAUAUGGAAAUAAUGAUAUAUUUAUGAAACAUAUUUUAUUAUAUAAUAGUGGCUAUAAAAUAACGAAUUCCAACUUGCGUUUAAAUCACUAAUCCUAAAAGUUUCUAAAAGAAAUCAAGGACCUAGAAUAAACUGUUAAUAAAAUAAAAAUAUCAAUUAAAGUUUUUACUUAUUUAACAAAAACUGUUUUUAGUACAAAUAAUAAUUCUUAACAAACUUUUAACAAUUAAAAAUAUAAGAUGUUUUAAAAAUGAUGUGCUUAAAAGAUAUUUAUAAUCUUUGUGGAGUGUUGGAUCAUUUUUUUUUAAUGACAACACUUGUUGGGGUCUUGAUUAAUUGGCAUGCUAAACAAUUUAGAAUGCUAUACUAGUUAUUUACAACUUUUAUACAAAAAUAAAUGAAAUCGAAUAUGUUUUUAACUGUGUUGCCAGUAUAUGAGAAAUUUGAUAACUAUGCUAUAACUUAAAGGUUGUCUAACUCGCCAUGGUUCAAAGGGCAUUUAAUUGUAUGUAGUGCCAUAUUUAAUCUUUUAAAAAAAAUUGAUUUUUUAAAUGUUAAUUUCAUAAAAUAAUUGGGUCUUCCAAUGUUUUGUAUUUUCCAGCAUUUGUUUUUAUUGUUAUAUAUCUGGUUAUAAAUGUAUUGUUUACAAUUUUUGUAAAUUCUAUUUAGAUAAUAUGGUAGAGUCUUGGUAAUCCGGACUAAUGAGUUUGCUAUAAAAUAAACAUAUAUGUAUAAUAUAUAUUCUAACAACUUUUUUUUUAUAAUAUUAGAUAUACAUACUUUUCAAUAUCUUAUUUAUAGCAUAACAAAACUUGUGUUUUGUUUUUUCUUUAUAAAUUAUUUCUGGACAAUAAACAUCCAGAUAAUUAAGAUUCUACUGUAUAUAAGUUACAUAUCUCGCUGAUGUUAUAAUGACACUACAAUUUUUUAUCUACCAUCAUAUAUGUGAGUUCAAUUAUUAAUAAUUUCAAUGCACUAGACCAAGUUCAGUCAGUAUUAUUAAUAAAAUUUGUGUGUUCUUAUAUAUAGUAUUUUUUUGAUGUAACAUAUUUGAUGGUAGAUUUUAUAAUAAUUUUGUACAAACACAAAUUUAAAUUUAA